AUGCACCGAAGGUCACUCCGUUUGCUGUUCGUGCUUAUCCACGUCUACCUCCAAGUGGCCGGUGGCGCCUACAUUGCUCCCCGGGCAUCCGACACGGGCGCCGACGCUUGCGCCGCAUUCAAGUACAUAGACCCAGGAGUCGCAGAAACCACGGCCGAUAACGAGUUUUACGAGGCUGGGGGCCGCGUCCACAUUGAGAAUCCGUCCUCGUCGAUCAACUCGACGCAUCUGCCCGCGUUCUGUCGCGUGCAGAUCAAGGUCGUCACGAACCCAGCCACCAACAAGACCGCGAACGCGGAGGUGUGGCUUCCAGAAGAUUGGAACGGACGUUUCUUGGCUGUUGGGAAUGGAGGACACAGUGGAGGAGUCACCGUUGAAGAUCUAGGUUUCGUAGCCGUGGCGCAGGGUUUUGCUGGUGUCUCGACCGACACUGGGCAUAAUGGGACGUCAGGCGAUACUCCUUGGCCUCUGCAUAACGACGAUGCCAUCAUUGACUGGUCAUGGAGGGCAAUGCACGUCUCCGUCCAAGUGGGGAAAGAGGUGGUUAAACAGUAUUACCAGCAAGCUGCGAACAAGAGUUAUUACAUUGGUUGUUCGACUGGUGGCCGGCAAGGACUGAAGGAAGUCCAGAUGUUUCCAGAAGACUUCGACGGUGUCGUAGUCGGCUCGCCCGCAAAUUGGAUGACUCACGUCCAGCCUUGGAGUCUACACGUUAAUGGCCUGGUGCAACCUGUCAAUUCGUCCGGGUGGAUAUCAGCGGAUACUUGGCAGAAUCUGAUCCAUAACGAGGUGCUGAAGCAGUGCGAUGGGUUAGACGGUGUAGAGGACGGGAUCCUGAACGACCCUACGCAGUGCAACUUCGAUCCUUCGCCUAUCACCUGCCCUACCCACGCCACCGACUCUUCCGACUGUCUGACGAGCGCUCAAGUCGCGGCGUUCACCCAAGUCUUUUCUGACUACGUAGAGGCAAACAACACGUUCAUAUUCAAUGGGCUAUACCUCGGUGGAGAACUUGACUAUCCGAAUGCUCUCGUAGGCGAUCAUGUCUCUACGUUAGCUCUUUACUACGAACGGUAUUUCGUCAUGAACGACUCAGAUUGGCAUGUCUCAGAGCUUGACCUGGCAGCUAUAGAAUUAGGCGACAAACUUGACGUAGGACAAGCGAACGCUAUAGAAGCCAAUAUAUCCGCCUUCACUAACUCUCCCCAUAACGGCAAGAUCAUACAUUACGUCGGCUUAGCUGAUCAGUUGAUAUCUCCGGGGAACUCGAAGCUAUACUACGAUUCCGUUAAGUCGUUCAUGGAAGAUAACGAUUUGGGCGACAUCGACGACGCCUAUCGGCUUUUCCCUGUUCCCGGCAUGAAACAUUGCAAGGAGGGAUUUGGCGCCAACGCCUUCGGUGGAGUCAUGCAAGCAUCGUCUGGGCAACCUCCACUAGAAAACGACUCAAAACAUAACAUCCUUCAGGCGCUGGUCGCGUGGGUAGAGAAUGGCGCAGAGCCAGUCCGACUUGAAGCGGCUUGGUACGUGGACGACGAUCACAACAAUGGAAUUGGUUUCACUCGGCCACUGUGUAAGCUAAGCGAGCAGAAUGUGAAGCUGGAUGCAGCUGCCGAUAUGGGGACGUAG